GUGAGUGAGUAUUUGUGUUAUAUUUUCAGAAGUGCUGUAUUGAUUGAUCAGCGCUGAGUGUGUUUGUGUUCUGGUUCCAGUCCAGACCGAUCGUCCUCUCCGGUGUCUGUCCGUUUUGUCGUGUUUCUGUCGUCUAGAUGAGUAACGAGGAUAAAACCCGGUCGCCCGAUCACGUGACCCUCGGAUCUCGCGGCGGGGUUAACGCGCGCUCUUAACAUCCAAAACCCGACCCCGUGCCAAAAGCGCGCGAGACAAACGAGCCGGAUCGCGUUUCGCUCCCGUGUCAGCUCGGGACACGAUGCAACGAUGGAGGUGUCAUUUCCGUCCCCGUCCCCGCAUCAUCUCCGUUACCUGCCCGCGGGCCCACCUGUUGCGCGCAUGAUUGACGGCUCAAUAGCGGCGCGUCUGGUUACCCGGCGCGCAACGCGACACCCGCGUCUCCAGUGUCCCGAACGCCGGCGCGUAACGGGCCAGAACCGAGCGGAUGAAGAUCCCGGCUGUCCCGUGAGGAACGGCGCGAUGGAGAGGACGCGGCGCGGGAUGAUCCUCUUCUCUGCGCUGCUGCUGGUUGAAGCGGCUCAUUGCGCUCAGGGUCGGUUCGCACACAAGCUCUUGAACGAUCUGAUGGAGAAUUACUCCAGCGCUCUGCGACCGGUGGACGACACGGACAAAUCACUCAACGUCACGCUGCAGGUCACGCUGUCUCAGAUCAAAGACAUGGACGAGAGGAACCAGGUGUUAAUCGCGUAUCUGUGGAUCAGACAGACAUGGCAUGACGCUCAUCUGAAGUGGAACAAAGAGGAGUACGACGGUCUGGAGGUGAUUCGUAUUCCCAGCAGCCUCGUGUGGAGACCUGAUCUGGUGCUGUAUAACAAAGCGGAUGAUGAUUUCUCGGGGCCGGUGGACACUAACGUGGUGCUGCGGUAUAACGGAGAGAUCACGUGGGACGCUCCGGCCAUCACUAAGAGCUCCUGCGUGGUGGACGUCUCUUACUUUCCCUUCGACAGCCAGCAGUGUAACCUCACCUUCGGCUCGUGGACCUACAACGGAAACCAGGUGGACAUCAGCAUGGGCAUGGACAGCGGCGAUCUGUCGGACUUCGUGGAGAACGUGGAGUGGGAGUGUCACGGGAUGCCGGCCACUAAGAACGUGAUCAUGUACGGCUGCUGCUCGGACCCGUAUCCGGACAUCACCUACACGCUCCUGCUGCAGAGACGCAGCUCCUUCUACAUCUUCAACCUGCUGCUGCCCUGCUUCCUCAUCUCCUUCCUCGCUCCUCUCAGCUUCUACCUGCCCGCGGACUCGGGAGAGAAGGUCUCGCUGGGCGUCACGGUCCUGCUGGCCCUCACCGUCUUCCAGAUGAUGGUGGCGGAGAGCAUGCCUCCCUCCGAGAGCGUUCCUCUGAUCGGUAAAUACUACAUAGCGACGAUGACCAUGAUCACAGCGUCCACCGCCUUGACCAUCUUCAUCAUGAACAUUCACUUCUGUGGAGCCGAGGCCAAGCCGGUGCCGUACUGGGCCAAAGUCCUCAUCAUCGACUACAUGUCCAAGAUCUUCUUCGUGUACGAGGUCGGAGAGAGCUGCGCGUCUCCGUUCGGACAGACGGAGGAACCCGAGUCCUUCCACGCUCAGAAGAAGAAGCCUAAAGAGAAACCCAAGGCAGCCGCCCCCCUGCCGCCCCGACGACGACAAGCCCUCCGCCUUCACGCUGACCUUCGACCCGUCGCGUACUGCGGUUGCCGCGGCAACGGAGGGAUCCUCAGCUGCGACCCGAAGCUGGUCCGGAACGUGGAUUAUAUCGCGAACUGCUUCCGCGAGCAAAAGGCCACGUGCCUGAAAGUGGCCGAAUGGAAGAAGGUGGCCAAGGUCAUGGACCGGAUCUUCAUGUGGAUAUUCUUCAUCAUGGUCUUCCUCAUGAGCAUCCUCAUCAUCGGGAAAGCGCCUUGAACUGAUUGUUGAGAGUCAGGUGAGAGACUAGAGCGCGGACGCCAUGUUUUAUGUGAUUAUUAGACAUGUUCCCAAGAGUUUUUGUUCGCUUUUUUCCCCAACACCAUAAAGUUCACGCUGCAAAAAUGUUCUUGUUCUUCUCAUUUAUUUCCAAAGAUCUAAUAUAUUUACUUGUGAAGCAGAACGGAAAAAAUUAAUUAUAUAUAUAUAUAUAUAUAUAUAUAGAUAGAUAUGUAUGUAUAAUCCCUGCCAAUGGA